AUGGCAAAGGAUGGGGACAGCAGUGAAUGGAAGGACUUUAUAUGGAACCCGAGGACGCGGGAAUUCAUGGGCAGGACGGCGAGCAGCUGGGGUCUGAUCCUGCUCUUCUACCUAAUAUUCUACAUCUUCUUAGCCGGCUUGUUUACGCUCACCAUGUAUGUCAUGCUGCAGACUUUGGAUGACCACAAACCAACUUGGCAAGACCGGCUCUCCACACCAGGCAUGAUGAUCAGACCCAAAGGACAGGAGGCUCUUGAGAUUGUCUAUAACGUUCACAACACUGAGAGCUGGGACAUGUACGCCCAGGCCCUGAACAAGUUCCUUGACCCCUACAAUGACUCAGUCCAGGUCCAGAAGAAUGACGAGUGCACCCCGGACCAGUACUUUGUGCAGGAGGACAGCGGCGAUGUGAAGAACAACCCAAAGCGGUCUUGUCAGUUCAACCGCACCAUCUUGGACAUGUGCUCUGGACUCACUGACCGUUACUAUGGAUACAAGGAUGGCAAGCCAUGCAUCAUCAUCAAGUUGAAUCGGGUGAUUGGGAUGCUGCCAGGGAAGGACGGCAAGGCUCCGUACGUCACCUGUGGGGCAAAGAGGUACAAAGUUGGCAAAGAUGAGUGGAGAGAAGACUCUGAGAAGAUUGGGGAGUUAACAUACUUCCCACCCAAUGGCACGUUCAACCUCAUGUACUAUCCUUACUACGGCAAGAAAGCUCAGGUGAACUACUCUCAGCCUUUGGUUGCCGUCAAGUUCAACAACAUUACAGCCAACGAAGACAUCAACAUCGAGUGCAAGAUUAAUGCCAACAAUAUUCCCACUGGAAAUGAAAGAGACAAAUUUGCCGGAAGAGUGUCUUUCAAGCUAAGGAUCAACACCAACAACUAGGUUACUCUCCCUCCCCUAAACAUGCUCUCAACUACUUUUCUUCAUUCUCUGCAGCAGUGUGAACGCACAGAAACAAAUAACAGUAUUUGCACCCUUGUCUUGAUGAGCUAAGUCUGUUUGCAGCCCCCGGGCUCGGGCAGUUUGUCUUGUGUGUGACGAGAGAGGGUGAGAGUGGGUGAGAGGAAAGGGUGAUAAUCCUGUCAUUAUUUCUGUCUGUCAACUGUGGGAUGAUUUCUUUUCUGUAAAUUAGUUUGAGGUGACGUCUAUUUAUACUGCAUGACAAA